GGUGAACGCAAAAAUAACUCUUAAAGAAAUGAUGUUAUUUUUCGCUCUAUAAAUACGUUAUCAGCUACCAAUAUACAUUCAGGUACCUCAAAAAACUAAAAGAACCACAUAGCAAAGCAAAUACUUUCUUUGCUUAUAAUAAAACUUCCCUCAGGUCAAACCAUGGAUGAAGCAAUCAUGAGACUAGAAGGUGCUGAGCACAGAGAAACCAACAAUCAGUCUCUGAAGAGAAAGCCAUCAAGAACUUCCUCCACCGCUCCAUGCUCUCCCGGAGGUGUAACCACCGUAAAAUCUGUCCCCGGAGCUGGCGCUUCCGGUGGCACCACCAUCAGGUACCGCGGCGUGAGGCGUAGGCCAUGGGGUCGUUACGCUGCUGAAAUACGCGAUCCGAUGUCCAAGGAGAGACGUUGGCUGGGGACAUUUGACACUGCUGAGGAAGCAGCCUGCGCAUACGACUGUGCAGCUCGAGCCAUGCGUGGUCAUAAAGCUCGAACCAAUUUCGUCUACCCAAUCCCUUCACUUGACUCUUACCACCAUCGUAUUUUCUCGUCUCCUCCGAUGAACAUGUUCCUUCGACGCGACGUUUUGAACUCUCAGUCUCUUUCUCCUUUCGCUUACCCACUCUCUAACGUAAGCGGCCCGGUCUACGAUUCAUUCGCUAAUGUUAACGAUGUCUCCGAAGAUCACUCACCUAAUCACUCACCUAAAGCGAAGCGGUUUAGCUUCUUUGACAACGAGAGCAUGAUAUCAAUCCUCGAACCAGAACCAGCUGGGUCUGGUCUUCUUCAAGAAAUUGUUCAAGGCUUCUUGCCCAAACCUAUCCCUCAACAAGCCGCUACACCUCCAACGACCAUUGGUGUAUUCCCGACUAUGGUAGAGACUGGUUUUCAGUCUGAACUUCGUUUACCGGAUCACGUCAAUGUUGAAGGAAACGGAUUCGGUCAGUUCAAAUAUCAUGGAGAGUUGGGUUGGGUGGAUCAUGAGGGUGGGUUUGAUUCAGCCAAGAUGCAUCAGAAUGGAAAUGCCGGAAUGUUAUAUCAGUAUUGCUUUCAUGAUUAUUAAACCAUUAUGGUUGUGUUUUUACGUGCUAAUCACUCCACUGUUUCUUUAGGAUUAUGACAAUAGUUUGGGUUAGCUAACUCAAAAGCCUUUUGUCUUUUUUUCUUCAUCUAGUUGUAUGAUCAGUUUAUCUUUUGAAAGGAAAAAUCAUCGGAGAGUAUGAGAGAUUUUACCUUUUUUUGGCAAAUCAGCAUGGAAAAGCUUAAUUGAAUUGUAUAUUUAUAUGACAUGUCGAGUCAGCAAAGUUAAGAAGAAAAAUAUAUGACAAAAAAUAUAAAAAUUGGAAAAUACUCGUCGUGGAGGGGGGAAUGAAGACAACUCCAAAAGGACAAAAUAUGAGAUAUCUAGAAAACUAGAUCUCUUCUAAUAAGUUGACUUUGAAAUCCAUAAAGACAGCCUUUGUCUUCUUUUUCUGUCUCCUCUCCUUUACCCUCUCAAAUCAUCAGAAGCACAUAUUCUGAAGUUCACAAUAUAGUUUUUUUUUUCGAAAAAAAGUUCACAAUAUAGUUAAAGGCUCUUGUUUGAAGUUUGAUCAAAGGUCCAAGUAACUGGUCCAUAAAAACUCGAUAGAUAUAACCGUAUACGUACUCGAAUUUGCAUCAUUGCAUGUUAGCAUGUAGCCUAGUUUCCGUUAAGUAAUCUGAUUCAAGGGUUGAUCUCGAAACCGGUUGCUUGUGAUCGAAGGUAAUUCGAAAACAAGAAGGAUAGGGUGCGAAUACUCUUAGCAGUGGCUUUUGCAAAGCUCUUUAAAACCUAAAACUUAGAACUCUUUAUUAAUCAAAUCGUGGUCUCUACAAGCAUGAUUAAGACCCAUUAAAUACUAACAACGAAAAACAUAACCCUAGGAGGAUUUAGUUAACUCCUCUUUCUAAAAGGAAAACAAAACACCUAAAAAGGAAAGUUAAAACCGACUUAAACGUAAAAGGAAAUUCCUACGCGGAAGAGGAGUUGUGAACGAUGGUAGUCUCGUGUUGAUUGCUUGCGACCAGAGGUUGAGCUGCAUCAUAAUCAUAUAUAAAUAGCAAACA